GGGGCAUAUGUGACACUUUACAAUCCUGAAUCUUCGUAGAAGAGAGUAAAUGUCAACGUGACAGCUUAUUGACCUUCUCUUGAGCAUAAACUAGCAGCAGUGGAACCUUAUAAUCGAUAUUGUGGCUAAUAAGCUGCAUAGCUCGGCUGUUCGUCUCCCGGUGCCUGCAAUCUUCUCGAGGAGCGUCGACCAGCAGAUCUGCUGGCUAUCUUCAGCCGCACCUUCCCUCAGGACUUUCAACGCGUCGCUUCAACCACGUCGAUUGCAGGAAGGAACGUCCCAAGAAUCAUCACUGUUGUCGUCUGCUUUUUCACUUCAUUCAAUCAAUUGUCACGACCAGUUUUACCCUACAACAUAACCCCUCCACCUCAAUACACCCCAGUUUCUUCUAGCUGCCAUUAUCCCCUCAUGGCGACCUCACCCCCUCCGACCCGAGUCGCGACCACGAGGACAUCCUCAGGAGAGGACACCUGGGACGGUGACCCAUCCGGCGCAUCGGGCCUGUUACUCGAACGACUCCGAGCAUGGAAGCACAUGUGCGGUUACCUUGAGAACUACGUCUCUGCCGUGGCUAAAGAUCAACAUGUACGGUCCAAGGAUCAGGAGAAGAUCCUCAAGACACUGUCAGACCCUUUGAAGGAGGCACACCAUUUCGAUACUGCCCUCGGAGGCAUUGUUGGCUUGAUUGACAACCUCCGUUCCAACACCAACUCCCAGAGCAUGCUCUACGAAGAGACCUCCAGGAAUCUGACUGCUCAGGUCCUGCCCGUGCUUGAGCGUCUCCAUGUCGAAAUCAAGAACAAGAAGAAAGAACUCGCAGGCGGUGCAGGGAAGGGAUCCAAGGCUGUGGACCAGGCUCGCGCCACCACACAGAAACAUAUCGAGUUACUUGCUCACAAUGCUGCUGCCUUCGACUCCUCAGGUGGUAAAGUAUCGGCGAAUCAUGACCCUUAUGUGCUUCGUCGAGGCAUCCUGUAUCGCCUCAACAGACAGAUCCUCGAGGAGAACAAUAACCGGCAAGACUUGAUUGCUGUUCAAGCCUCCUUUGCUCAAUUCGAAUCCCACGUUGUAACCACGGUUCAAAGUGCGAUCAACGCAUACAACCAGUUCAUGAGUGGCCAGUCUGAUCGAAUCAAGGCCAUGUAUGGGGAUAUUGCCUCCACUGCUAGCAACAUCCCGCUUGAUUUUGAGUGGAACGGUUUCAUCUCAAGGAAUCAACAGACCUUGGUAAAUCCCAAUGCUCCAGCGAAGACCAUGGACGGCGUUACUUUCCCCAAUGAGACACAUCGUGCCACCAAAGCACUCAUCGAAGGCUCCCUUGAGCGCAAGUCACGGGGAAUGGGUGCUCUGAAGGGAUACAGUAGCGGGUAUUAUGCUGUCUCCCCUGCAGGCUAUCUCCAUGAAUAUCGUGACAAUGACAAUUACCACAAAGACCCGACCCCCGAUUUAUCUUUAAACCUGGCUGACGCCAUCGUUGGAGCCACGGAUGGCCUCAAAUUCACGGUCAAAGCCAAAGACUCAUCAGGGAGCAAGUUUGGACAGAAGCUGGCAAUGACCUCGGACUUUCAGUUCAAGGCACACACUCAUGCAGAUGCCGAGCAGUGGCGUUCAAUCAUCGCCAGCUUUGCAACAUCUUCGAAUAGUAUUCCUACAAGCCCCACCGAAAGUCGAAACGUGACACCGAUUACGACCAGAAUGGAGGAGUCACAGCAGACGGGAGUUACGAGCGGACCCACGAGUGCCACGUCUCCCUUGACCGGCAAAGUCUCCACAUGACCUGCUGCUGGACCAUAUCAUGGAGCCCCUGCGACGACGCCCCUGGAAGAAAGAAGAUUUGUGAGCAGGUGAGAACGAAAGAGGCGGAUUGACCGUAUUUUUCUCGGUGGGCGAUAUUCUAUGAUUGAACCAAGAGUUGUUUCUUGAUUGAUAUUCAUUCGUCCAACAGAGCUAUGUAUUUAUUUCAUGCAGGGAUUAAUAGCCCUUGUAACUACUUGCCAUUGACGACGACCAAUUCAUUUCCUAAGUUGUCACCGUCCAAGACGCCCGAGAAACCCACUAGGCCACUGCUCGGAGGACUGAACUGCCUUAACUCGACGCCUGCCUCUUUCAAGACCCUUCGACUCGCAUCGUCCAUGUUGUAACUCUGACUAAAGACCACCUCCUUGACACCAACCUGCGCA